CCUCCUCCCGCUCCGUUUCCUCCUCAUGGCCGCCGCUCCGCACGCUCCUCUCUACCUCGGCCUGGACUUCAGCACGCAGCAGCUGAAGGUGGUGGCCAUCGAUGGAGACCUCCGCGUGGUUCAUCAGAGCAGCGUGCAGUUUGACUCUGAGCUGCCCGAAUUCAGGACUCAGGGAGGAGUUCAUAUCCACGCUGACAGACUCACAGUCACCUCACCUGUGCUGAUGUGGGUCAAGGCUCUGGACCUGCUCUUGGACAAGCUGAAGAGGGCGGGGCUUGAUUUCUCCCGUGUCAGAGCGCUGUCGGGCAGCGGGCAGCAACAUGGCGGCGUGUUUUGGAGGAGAGGAGCAUCUCAGACUCUGAAACAUCUCGACCCAGACCAAGACCUGCACCAGCUGCUGCAGGACAGUUUCUCGGUGUCGGACAGUCCGGUGUGGAUGGACUCGAGCAGCGCUCAGCAGUGUCAGGACCUGCAGGCGGCAGUGGGAGGAGCUCUGAGACUGGCGGAGAUCACUGGAUCCAGAGCCUAUGAGCGCUUCACAGGAAACCAGAUCGCCAAACUGCAUCAGACCCGAGCGGAGGAGCUCGAGGACACCGAGAGGAUCUCAUUGGUCAGCAGCUUUGGCGCCUCUCUCUUCCUCGGGGGUUACGCUGCCAUCGACUACAGCGACGGUUCAGGGAUGAAUCUGCUGGACAUCAGGACCAAACACUGGUCUGAGAUCUGCCUGGAAGCCACCGCUCCUUACCUGGACCAACUGCUGGGAGCUCCACUGCCCUCCACAUCUGUGCUGGGCCCCGUCUCCUCCUACUUCGUGCAGCGAUACGGUUUCUCUGAGAGCUGCAGGGUGGUGGCGUUCACUGGAGACAACCCAGCGUCUCUGGCAGGAAUGAGGCUGCAGCCUGGAGACGUCGCUGUGAGUCUGGGGACCAGUGACACAGUGUUUCUGUGGCUGCAGCAGCCUCGUCCGGCUCUGGAAGGUCACAUCUUCUGUAACCCGGUGGAGCAGCAGGCGUACAUGGCUCUGCUGUGCUUCAAGAACGGAUCUCUGACCAGAGAACGUGUCAGGAACGAGUGCGCUGGAGCAUCAUGGGAAGUUUUCUCUGCUGCUUUGAGGGACACGCCGCUCGGAAACCAUGGAAACAUCGGCUUUUAUUUUGACACGAUGGAGAUCACGCCCCCUGCGGUGGGCGUUCAUCGCUUUGACUCUGCUGACAGUGAGGUGUCCUCGCUGCGUCCUCAGGUGGAGGUUCGGGCUCUGGUGGAGGGUCAGUUCCUGUCCAGGAGGCUUCAUGCUGAGAGGCUCGGUUACUCCAUCAUUCCAGGAACUCGAGUUCUGGCGACAGGAGGAGCGUCAUCGAAUAAAGAGAUUCUGCAGGUCCUGUCUGACGUGUUCAACGCUCCGGUCUACACCAUCGACCUGUCCAACUCCACCUGUCUGGGUUCGGCCUACAGAGCUCUGCACGGCCUGGCAGCAGAAUCCGGAGUCUCCUUCUUCGAUGUGGUGAAGAAAGCCCCGGAACCACGACUGGUGGCCAAUCCUCAUCCAAAGGCGAAGGAGGUGUACGACGAGCUGCUGAAGCGCUACGCCCGAUUGGAGGAGAGAGUCCUGCAGAAGAACCGCACCUGAGCCUCAAACGCUGCGAUCAGCGAAAUCAUGACUCUAAUUUUUCUCCUUAAUCUGUGUUUUUGAUUAGUUUGACUUUAAUUGUACACCUCAUUAUCGUUUGGUAUGAAUCGAGAAAGUGUCAGAUCAUCAUCAAACGAACCCUCAGCGACCUGAAGAUCAGCUGCUCUGUGUUAGUUCAGCACACGAUGAUGAACCAGCAGCAAACUGGCCUGAAGGUUUCACUAAAAACAGGUUCUGAACCCGAAAUGUUCCAAAGUGGAACUGCAGAAAUACGAGACGGGUUCGAGGCACUGAAAAAAGUCCACUCUCGGUAUCAGCUGGAUCCUGAAUUUGGCUUAAAGUUGAGCAGUAUGAAGAGCUUUGAAGACAUUAUUGAAUCCAGGACAUUCCAGAAGUGGAUUCAGUACCCGGAAUGCUAAAGGUUAUUGGAUCUGUGAUCCCCAAACAGAAGCAGAUCCGGUUCUCUGUAAAGAGGACGGUGCAGACGCCACACACUUCAGCCUAAUUCCUGCUCCAACAAUCGACCCGAAUCCACCACCAAAGAGGAUUUUCUUUUUUAUUUCAAACUUUUCCUUCUUUAUUCUCGACCGGAUCAACAUUUAUUAGAUAUAAUUUUUUUUGGUUUUUCUGUCUGCUCAUGUUUUGAACGGUCUAAUUCCUGUGUCCGUAAACUGGGACCAGGAUCUGGGCCGAUCCAGGGAGCUGGAUCAGAAUUCAGCCCAGAGCAAAGAGAACUCACAGACUCUGAGGACCACUGCAGUAAAAAUCCAUCCGAGGAGAAAUUCCCACUGAACUAAAAGCAGUUAUACAUCAUUAUUAUUAUUAGUAUUAGUAGCAGCAGCAGCAGCAGCGUGUCUCUUUUAGUCCUCCGUGUGGUGCACGCUGAGCCUCCGGCUGCUAAAUUGUGUUGAUAAAGUUUUUGCAUUCACAAACAGCAAACUGAGACCUGCACAGAAAAAACUGAUCGACUUUUAAACGUGCAGAGAUUCAGGCCUUCAGUGAGUGAGUCCUCGCUGCUCUGAGGCUCGAGCUGCAGCCGCCUCACUGAGCUCGUAGGGUCACCAAGCACCAAGGGGUUUCCACGGUAACCUGGGCGCCACACGUGCAGAUCCUGGCGGUUUAAUGAAACACUUGGAUCGCAGCACGGUUGGUGGACAGCACUGAGCUGUUCGUGUCCGUGUGUGAUUUGAGACCUCUGCAGAAGAAGGCGGCGCUCUUCCUUCCAUCACAUCAGACCAUCAGACUUAUGCUUUAAACAGAGUCCAUCUGUUUGACGUAACGCUCAUCAUCACCGUGAGCACGGGGGUCCACGGGGACGUCCACGUGCCUCCUGUGAGUGCGUGGACUCGUCCACAGAGAAUUUACAUCAAAUACACCAACUGCACCCAGACGACGGCACAACAGGAAGUGCUCGGCCUUUGGGACGGCUGAGGCCUCGUGCUGCAUUUAGAGUCAUUAAUGCAGCUUUCAUACAACAGCUUUAUUAUCACCGCAGAGUUCUCUCCUGCUUGUUGGUGUGUUUGCCUCCAGCAACCAUUUUAAAUCAAUAAUUUAAAUAAACAAUCUCUUGAACAUGUGAUUGGUUAUUUCUGUUAUUUCUGACGAGGCAGCGAGGUAACGGUUAACGACACGUGAGGGUCGAGGCUGUGAACCUUCCUGAUGUGAGCUCCUGUGUUAUCGAGGCGUAUGACCCACUGCAGUCAUUCACAGCUGCAGCGUGAGCUGGGUGUGGAGUCUGUGAGCAGCUCUGAGCAGGACAAAGAAAAUACCAAACUUCUCACUGACCAACUCGGCCAGUUAAAACCAGCAGCUGCUGAGUGAGGAGCAGGAAAUGUAAUUCAGUCUGAAACUAAUUUCAGUGCUUCUGCCAAACGCUGAUGAUAGCUGCCGUUUUAUUUCUGUGAGGUGUUUUCCUUCCGUCUGCAGGACUCACCUGCACCUGCUGCUGGUCCAACAGAGACAGGAAGCAGACAUGCAGCAGCUCACAUCCAGAUUCACAUGCAGGAGAAACCCGACUUCAUGAAGCCGCCCGUGCUUCAUGGUUACAAAGAGCUGCUUCUGGGAGGUUCACACAUCACAAAAAUCACUACAAACACAAAGAUGAUCCAUGCUGAGUUUGACUUCAAAAGGCUGCAUUACAGAGAGCAUCAACAAAUAUAUUUAUGUCCCCUAAAAAGUGAUUAAUUUACUUGAGCUCCACCUGAUGGUGUGAGCUCCACCUGAUGGUGUGAGCUCCACCUGCAGUGGCUCUGCUCUGAGGACCCCUGAUAUCAGCACAGAUCAGAGGAUCGGCUCAGAGUGAGCGCUCAUGCUUCCUCUGCUCUCAGAAAGGUGUUCACAGGCAUUAUUACAGCUUCAGUUUCAGCAUCAAACACGGCUGCUGCAGCGCCACCUGCUGGUUAGUGAAGUCCUGUGAUGAAGCCUUCAGCUGAGCGUCUCCACUAAUUUUAUCUGUUGUAAAACUGAACGUGACUGAGGAACCAGACCUGCUGCACUGCACACACAUUGGCUGACGACUUGUGAUUGGCAGGUUGUUAGCCAAUGAGCACGCGCCUCCUGCAGUUCCUCUGCUGUCCAGCAGACACAGGUGGCUGUACCUGAACACCUGUGAGUCUGUGUGACUGUGUCUGCACAGCUGUGAUCUUUUGUUACGUCCAUCAGCUGAAAACAGGAAGUUUGACUCGUUUGUUUUCUUUGUCAUGAAUGAACUGAGUGAUGACUUCCUGCAGCCUCGAGGCUCGUUCCACUGAUUAAUUCAACUUACC